AUGUCGUCGUCUCCUCCUCCGCCUCCUCCUCCUCCUCCGCCUCACCCUCCGUCUCACACGCCGUCACACACUUCAUCUCAACCUCCCACUCAGACGACACCUACUAUCCGCCGCCCAACGUCACUUGACUCGUCGGACUCGGAUUCGGCGCAAAUCACACCGCAGCAACAGCAGCAACAGCAACAACAGCGCCGUUCGCCUUUGCCUGCACCCGGUACUUCACGUCCAGCGCCCAGCGUACGCUCCCCCACAUCCACGGCGGAUGGCGCGCCCCUGCCACCACCACCGCAAAACUACUCGCGGCCAGGCAUUGUGCGCGAUGCCACUCAGAGUCAAGGACAUGUUGGCGCGGUGCAUGUUGGACACCGCCCGCGACAGAGAAGUCAGGGCUACUUUGAACCCAGUCUGAGCUCGACGCGGGAAGGGAGGGAGGCCAUGGGCUCCAAGGCGGCCGCACAUGGGCUCCUCAAUGCCUCGCAAAUCGCCGCCCAGGCUGCCUAUGCGCAGAACCCACAGCACAUGCGUAAGCGCUCCGAGACGAUACCCGCGAGGAGCGACGCCGCCGCGCCCACGGCCAGGCCGGUGCCCAUGAGCCCGCCGCCGUUGCCGUCGCAGAGUGUCACGUUCAAGACGAAUGGUAUGACGUACUCGAAUGGCCUGGUCGGCGGCCGGAUGGCGGCGACAACGGCGGCGAAUGCGGCCUUUCCCAGGAGUCCGCUGCAGUCACCCAGCCUAGAGAGCGGACAACAGUCGCAACCGCAGUCCCAUGCGUCGCCCAAGCCUGCGUCGACGCCUGAGCCGCCGCAAUUGCAAAAGGCCAAGGAGGGCAAGAGCAAGAUGAAGCUCUUCUCCUCCAAGCCCAAGAACAUCAAGGUGGACAACAACCGUCUGGAUGGCAAACACCAGACGCUGCCCAGCCCCGGCAAGAUUGGCAUUGGCAUCCACAGCUCGCAGGCGCUGAAUCGCAUGAUCAUGGCCCAGUCGACGACGAGCUUGGUCGAGCCGGGAGCGCCGAGCAGUAGUAGUGCCUCCAUGUACUCGUCGGCGAAUGCCUCGACCUCGACCUUGGUCCCGCCACGCAGUGAUUCCUUUUUGCCCCCAGAACGCAAGGAGGAGAAGCACAAACACCACUUUUUGUCGCGCCAAAAACACAAGUUGAAGGAUGGCGACGGAUACGCGCUACCGUUGUCGUCGGCCAACAGCAACUCCAAACCUACAAAUCCGAAUGCGCCCGAGCCAUUGUACUCGUUUGCUGCGCCCAAUUCGCCGGGCCACACGAGUGCCUUUACCAGUUCGGUCACGGGCCUGGAUCUCCGGCAUGGGGGUCGACAUUUGCGGAGAGCGAAGAAGGAGGAAAAGGCGGCUGCCUUUUUGGACGCACAACUCGAACCACCCUAUCGCGAACGCAACCAAUCCUUUAGCAUCGAGCGCUCCGAAUGGCCAGGCAUAGCCGGCGGCAUAGGCGCCACACCAAAUCUAGGCGCCACACCUCAGACCUCGCAUACGGCCGAGAUGAUGAGUCUAGGGAGUUCAUUUGGUAUUCACGGAUUGUCGCCAGAUGACGCCUGGCCGUUGCUCAAGGCAAGAGUAUUAUUGAUCUUUGAAGGCGAAGACCCCAGACCGCCCGUGGAAGAUUUCAAUGCGCUAGUCACCAUCCACAUCAAACGCUGCGUCCAUAAACGCUCUCCCAUCCUGCUCAUCGAAGACCUCAACGAGCUUCUCCAAACGGGCUUUGGCUCGCUCGACCAGACCCUCCGACAUGUGCCUGACGAAAAGCUGAUUCCACAUUUGGUGGAGAUGUGGCUUGUCGUCUUCACCACCAUCCUCCCUUUUCUCCAAGCCGUCUUCCUCCCUCUUGACCUCGAGUUUAGAGGCUCCGGCAUCAUGACGAGUGCACAAGCCGCAGAGUUCUGGGGCGUCAUGCUCCCGGACGAAAUGAACACCAAGUCGCCCUCGCACAAAAACAUACCCAUCCUCGGCGAAUUAGACGUCCGGCGCAUCACGUUAUUAAUGUUCCGCGACAUAGUCAUAUUGCCACGCUACGAAGCCCUCAUGGCCAUCUUCUCCCGCCUCAGCCUGGAAAAUCUAAACGCAGGCCUCGAAUCCCCGUCGCCGAUUCCCCAAGACCAACAAACGAUGGGUGGUGCGGGUGGUGCCACGGGCAGACCAGGCACAGCAGGAAGCAUGUCCAACGAAGCCACCCUGGGUUCCCUGAACUCGGCCUCGCAGUCCUCGGCCGGAUACCUCGAGUCGACUACGUCCAUUACAAGCUCCACAUUUGCAUCGACCCGCUCCCGAGCCACAUCCAACACCUCCGCCGGCUCCUUCUCCUCGAAUCCAAGCGUACACCCCCACACCCUUUCUCACACCCAACCCCUCCCCCCUCCCCCCUCCUCCUCUUCCGCAUCCACACUCAACCCCCACCCACCAUCAUCCACAUCCCUAAACCCCCAACACCUGCCCCCACCACUCCGCCACCACUCGACCCCCAUGGACAGCGCCAAGGUCACGGAAACGGUGGGCCGGAUGCUGCAGUGCGUUAGUGUGCUCGUCAGUCUGCAGAGCGGCGAUGAGGCGCAGGACAAGAUUGGGCGGGUCAAUAAGGAGUUGAAGUAUAAUUGGCUGGGUAGGGGUAGGACGGGUAGGCAGAGGCAGGGGUUUGUGGGUGCGAGAAGUAGGGGCGGUGUUGGGGGGGUCGGGAUGGUGGGGGUGGGGGUUGGGGUUGCGUAG